AUGGAGAUCCCCCCGCUAGGACCCCCCCCAGGCGAUGGAGCGCGCCCCUCUUUCCAAGCCCGGCAGAUUCAGCCGGGGACCCCGCUGGAGUCCCCGAAUUUGGUGGAGGGGGCGCGCCUGGACCCCUCCCCUCCCCUCUGGCUGGAGACCCUCCACUGCCCCCCCCUAGGCGCUGGAGAGCGCCCCCCCUUCCAAGCCCGGCAGAUUCAGCCGGAGACCCCGCUAGCGCGAUGGAGAUCCCCCGCUAGGACCCCCCACCCAGGCGAUGGAGCGCGCCCUCUUUCCAAGCCCGGCAGAUUUCAGCCGGCGACCCCGCUGGAGUCCCUGAAUUUGGAGGAGGGGCGCCUGACCCUCCCUCCCUCUGGCUGGAGACCUCCACUGCCCCCCAGGCGCUGGAGAGCGCCCCCUUCCAAGCCCGGCAGAUUCAGCCGGAGACCCCUAGCGUCCCUGAAUUUGGGGAGGGGCGCCUGGGCCCUCCCUCCCUCUGGCUGGAGACCUCCACUGCCCCCUCUAGGCGCUGGAGAGCGCCCCUCUUUCCAAGCCCGGCAGAUUCAGCUGGAGUCCCCGAAUUUGGAGGAGGGGCGCGCCUGGACCCUCCCUCCCUCUGGCUGGAGACCUCCACUGCCCCCUCUAGGCGCUGGAGAGCGCCCCCUUCAAGCCCGGCAGAUUUCAGCCGGCGACCCCGCUGGAGUCCCCAAAUUUGGAGGAGGGGCGCGCCUGGGCCCUCCCUCCCCUGGCUGGAGACCUCCACUGCCCCCUCUAGGCGCUGGAGAGCGCCCCUCCCCCUUCCAAGCCCGGCAGAUUCAGCUGGAGUCCCCAAAUUUGGAGGAGGGGGCGCGCCUGGACCUCUCCCUUGCCCCUGGCUGGAGACCCUCCCCUGGGUUUGGGAAGGCUGGAGCAUCCCCCCCCCCACACUUUUUCUCGGGCCCGGGCCAGUCCUCCUGCGGCCGGAGGGUGCAGAACAAAGCCAGCAUUCUUCCUCCCGCCAUCCAGACGUUACUUAACGAACCUCCGGAGGCAACCUCGGCCGGCGGGCGCGGCUGA